UAUACCAGCAUCUAUGUGUAUACUUAAAAACACGUGCUUAAAAGUAUAUGAAAAUGUGCUGUUACACUUAUCAACAUUUAAGCCAUUGAAUUGCUCUCAAGUAGAUCAAGCGAUCAGUUUUUAUCUCUAAAAUGAGUAUCAUUUAGUUUGAAUAUAUGUUUGUAAUACAUUACAAAAAUUGCUUGAGUGUGGCUGAAUAAUUAGGUUUUAUCAGCAAGAUGUCAUCUUUAAGUGCCAUAGCCAUAGCAUAUAACAAUUGUGAUUCAGGCACAGAGGAAUCAGAAUCCGAAGCGGACUCAAAAUCAGAUCAAACACAGGAAUGUACAACGGUUGAAUGUCUAAAGCCCUCAAAAGAUUAUCGAUUGGCAACCGAUCAAACAUCUUCAAGUGAAAGCAGUUCCGACGAGGAAAGCUCAUCAGAUACAGAGGAUGAUGAAAUAUCGGAAAAAAGUAGUAACGAGGAUGAUUGUGUCAAUAGCUGUAAAAGGAAUAAUACAUCUGAAGUAUUACAAAGAAAAAAAGAGAAGUACGAAUUUGAUGAUCUUCCGCCAAUAGAGGAAUUGAAAAUCAGCGUACCAGAAGUCAUCUGUGAUCCCCUGGGAGAGGUAGGUUGGAUUGUUAACGAAAUGGUAGUUGUUCGCCCUAAAGCCGAGAAGCCAACAUUGAAUCUUGAUAGUUUAUUAUUUGUGGAGAAAGGUCGUCGAGUUCUUGGCCGAAUAUUUGAUGUGUUCGGACAAGUGUCCGAGCCUCAUUACUGUGUCCGCUUCAAUAAUUCUAAACACGUUGAAGAGUCUGAUAUAAAAGUUGGCAUGACGGUAUAUUACUGUCCAAACACACCAUACACGUCCUUGGUGUUUAUGACUGAACUUUUAAAAGUAAAGGGAACCGAUUCGAUUGGAGAAGAUGAGCCUCUUGAGUUUUCCGAUGAUGAAGAAGAGAGAGCUUACUAUGAAAAAGUGAAGCAGGAACAGAAGAAUGAAAUGCCUAAUGCUGAAAAGAAUCAUAAAAUGCGUAAACGGAAACGAUUCACAGGUUCCAAUACCUUAUGGCAAUCCAAUCAUCCAUGGAACAGUAGUAGUAAAGGUUCAAAUAAUGACAGAAAUAGGCGCAAUGACUACAGUGAAAAUGAAGACAUCCAUGGUGUACGGAAUGAUACAGAUCGUCAGGAUGAUUCAUGGCAUCGAAGUCAACCAGUAGACAAAAAUAGGUGGAUGUUUCCUUAUCCACCUCGGCCAAUGCUUAUGCAGCCACAGAUGCGUGGUCCAUUACCACUUCUACAGUUCCCAUAUGCACCUCCACCAUGGCCACACCCAGGAGUUUCGGGAAGUAGAGCGACAUGGAUGCAACCACCGCCUCCACCACCUGGUAUAUAGUACAAAUAAUUUCUAGAGUUGAAAUAAUUACCAGAAAGGAACAAUAAGCUUGUAUAUAAAUAUAUAAAAUUUAA